AUGGCGGUGCCGAGGAAUUCUUUGCGAGCCUUUCUCACACACGCGAGAGGCGCUCUCCGGAGCGCCAUUGAAACUAGUCAGAAGAUUACAUUCGUCAUUGGCAAUGAAUCUGCGGACCUUGAUUCGAUGUCAUGUUCCAUUUUGUACGCAUACCUCCGGUCCAUGUCGCCGCCCAAAAAUGCCUUUAGCCCACUUUACGUACCAAUCACAAAUAUUUCAGCUUCCGAUAUUCAGCUACGACCGGAAUACUUGGCCGUAUUCAAGCACGCCAAUAUUGAGUCAAAGCACUUGAUCACGUUGGAUGACCUUCCUGCUUUGUCAGACAUACAGUCGAAGCUCGCGCCUGAAAAUACCAAAUGGAUCUUGGUAGACCACAAUGCGCUGCAGGGCCAAUUGGGCAAAAUAUAUGCAGAGCGUGUCGCUGGUGUCAUUGAUCAUCAUGACGAUGAGAAAAAAGUACCGGAAGACACAGGCGACGAGCCGAGGAUAAUCGAGAAGUGUGGCAGCUGCACUAGCUUGAUUGCAAACUACUGUCAGCCAUCAUGGGACAUGGCUUCCGCGUCUGCCUUGUCUUCGGGGGCAGCCCAUGCGCAGGGUGACAGCAUGUCCAACGACGCUGCCUUUGUCAAGCGCUGGGAUGCAGACGUCGCCCAGUUGGGACUGGCCAGCAUUCUCAUCGAUACGGCCGAUCUCCACGACGAGAACAAAACGACCGAGCAUGACCGUAAGGCAGUCGAGUACCUGGAAGCUAAGAUCAUGCUCUGUCCCCCGCUGGCUGCAAGCUUCGACCGCGCCAGCUUCUACAAGGAGAUCAACGCAGCAAAGAAGGACAUUGGAAGCCUAAAGCUGCAAGACAUACUUCGGAAGGAUUAUAAGCAAUGGGACCAGGGUGGCCGAAAGCUCGGUGUUAGUUCUGUUGUCAAGCCUAUAGGAUUUCUCCAGAAGAAAGCUGGCGACGAAGCAGGUGCUCAGGCAUCCGACGCGUUCCUCAAAGCGUUGGAGGACUUUGCAAGGGAGCGUGGAUUGGACAUGUAUUCCCUGAUGACCACGUCGUCGGGUGCAGAUGGGCAAUUCCAGAGAGAACUGUUACUAUGGGCCUUCAACGACGGCGCCGUGUCGGCUGCCAAAACAUUUGCCACGAAUUCAAAAGAUGAGUUGGGAUUGGAGGACUGGCAGGGCUCCGACGACAUUGACAGCGAGAGCGAGUGGAGAAAGACUUGGUGGCAGCGACAAGUGCAGCACAGUCGGAAACGUGUCGCUCCUCUACUCAGGGAAGCCAUGCCUUGA